GAUAACUCUCGAGGCAUCGGCUUUGUUCAUGGCGUCGCUUUUGUUGAUUUGGAAAAGACGACUUUUAUUUGGAUAACAAAUCAGGUGUGAUGGAGGCUGCUGAGGAGGAGGAGCAGAUGUAUCGGGUUGUCAAGAAUGACCUUGACAACCUCAUCUCCUCCAUUUUGGAACAGGAUCAGGAGGAGGACACCGACGAGAUUAAUGUGUUCAACACCCAGGUCCGGCAAAUAGAACGGAAACAGCGGGAGAUCAACAAGAUAUUCCUGGAGUGUCAGGACCAUUUGGACAAGUAUCGGGAGACCCUCCGACUGGAGCAGGAAGACGAGGAUGAGAAGCAGAAGGAGGCGGAAGCAGCGGUAGCUGAGGCACAGGAGACAGAACGGAAGCAGCAGCUGCGCGAAGCACAGGAGGCAGCAGAAGUCCUUGACCUUGUGGAGGACAGCGAUGACGAUAUUGAAAUAAUUGGGUCGUCUUUUGAUCCAAAUGUUGCUGCCAACAGGAAGGCCAUCAUAAAGGCUCACAUGGCGGCACGGCCUGCUGCGAAACAGCCAGUCAAACCAGCAGAGGCGUCGGUGCCGCAACCGGAAACCACCACUCUCACGCAGAAUGUCAUAGCCCCUGGGACAGCUGGAGUGUCUGGCCAGGUGUCCGUAGCCCACCUGAGAGCUAUCCUCACUGAGGCCAUCAACAAACAGAUGCCAGGCUCACAGGCACAUGCUCAGUCUCAGGCUCAACUGCUACAACUACAGCAGCAAGCCCAGAAGGGAGAGUUAUCUCCCCUGCAGAAGCAGCUCAACACUGACGUCACAUACACAGUUGCGAGGACAGGACCUGUAGCAAUCCUGCCAAAAGUUUCUACAAAACCUAAAAACUCAUCUUCAUCGCAGGACUGGAAAGAGGUGGAUAUUUCGGCCAAAGUGCUUGCCAAGAAGUUCAAUGAUAUCUGGUACUCCGGGACAAUAACUGACAUCGUCAACAAGUUAGAUCCACCAGACGUGAGAAAAUAUAAGGUGAAGUUUGAUGGUAAAGGCAUGAAGAUUCUGUCAGGGAAGCACAUUGCGUACAGAGACCCGAUACACGUGGUGCUGAAGGUGGGAUCUAGAUGUGUUGCCCUGUAUCGGGAUGAUGAAGCUAACGGACCCAACUCAUUCUAUGCCGGGAUCGUUGCUGAGGCGCCGAGCGUCAAGAACCAGAAAAGAUAUCUCAUAUUCUUUGACGAUGGGUAUGCCCAGUACUGUUACCCCAAGGAGAUUCACAAAGUAUGCCACCAGAGUGACAAUGUGUGGGAAGACAUUCACCCAGAUUCUCAGGAAUUUAUCAAGGAAUACCUCAAGCAAUACCCAGAGAGACCGAUGGUACGUCUGUUGAAGGGUCAGGUCGUCAGGACCGAGUGGAAUGGAAAGUGGUGGACAGCGAAGGUGAUGGAGGUAGAUGCCAGUCUGGUGAAGAUGUUCUUCCAGGCCGACAAGCGAACUGAAUCAAUUUACAGGGGGUCUACCAGACUGGAACCUUUGUUUAAGGCACUGGCCAAUGCAGAGGCUAUCAAGGCAGCAGGAAACAACAAAGCUAGACGCCACAAUCUGGACCCCAAGGCCAACAGGAAGCCCCUGGUUGAGUAUACCCGGGGAGUGUCCGAAGAAAACUCCAAUAAAUCCAUGAUCAAACAACCCCCAGCGACACCACCCACUGCCACGCCCCCACCAUCAAUAGCCCCAACGCCACCCCCACCCCAGGUUCUGGGCCCGGGGUACAACCAAAACCACCCUGCCGUCCAGGCCUACCUCCAGGCCCGGGAAGCCGGGACACAGCGGGCCCAGCUGGCUACAACCAUCUCAGUGACGGGGGGAGAACACAAGAAGCGUCCUGUGGCCAAGAAGAGCACCGGCAGCCGCCCCCUGCCAGUCCCUCCCCCCGUGACCACUUCCGCGUGGGAGGCCCCCUGGCUGAAGCUUCCGAAACGUGGGGGGACGACCACUGUCACUGUCACUCCAGCGCCCGUCCCCAAGACCACUAUGCCACAAGUGUCAGCUGCUGAUAAUGAAAUGAGGAAAGCCUUCUACCAGGCCAGCAGCAUCAGCAGCAACACUGUGGCCCAGGACAUGGCCAGCGUCCUUCAGGAACGCCUCAAGACAGUGGACGAGGCAGACAUAGAUGAGGAGGCACUGGGAGAGAGGAUGGACACGAUGCUGGACUUAAAGGAAAAAAUCAGGAAGAAAUUCAUCCCUCACUGCUGUGGCAAGAAGUGCAAGAAGAACAAUGACGAGGAGCUGGAGAAGCUGAAGGGACGCAGUACACUGCUCAAACCUCUACUGUGUGGCUGGGAGAGACAUGUAUGCAAGCUGCGUCCGAGUGGCCGCCGUGUCGUCAUGUAUCAGGGCCCCUGCCAGAGACGUCUCCGGUGUAUAGAGGAAGUGGACCUGUACCUGUGUGUCACCGACUCACCCCUCACUAUUGACCUGUUCUGUUUCGACCCUGUGCUACAUGUGCACACUGAGUUUGUGCCUGUCAAGACGUUUUGUGAUAUCAAGGAUUUGUCGUAUGGCAAGGAAGCUGUCCCAAUAUCGUGCAUCAACGGGAUAGAUCGGCAGUACCCUGACUAUGUGGAGUACUCCAACCAGAGGAUUCCCGCCCAAGGGGUGAAGCUCAACCUCGACUCCGACUUCCUCAUGUGCUGUGACUGUACAGACAACUGUAGGGACAAGUCCAAGUGCCAGUGUUGCCAGCUGACCAUCGAGCACACCGAGGCUCUGGGACCAAACUACAGGGACCCCUCUGCCGGCUACGAGUUCAGGAGACUGAAGGAGCCGAUAUUUACAGGAAUCUUUGAGUGCAAUCCUCGUUGUAAGUGUGACAGUCGCUGUCACAACCGGCUGGCGCAGAACGGACUCAACCUGCGUCUCCAGGUGUUCAAGACAGAGAAAAGGGGGUGGGGCCUGCGUUGCCUUGACGACAUUCCAAAGGGAGGCUUCAUCUGUAUCUACGCUGGGCAGCUGUUGACGGAGGGCGGAGCGAAUGAGGACGGUAAACAAUAUGGUGACGAGUACCUGGCCGAGCUGGACUUCAUCGAGGUGGUGGAGCGACAGAAGGAGGGGUAUGAGAGCGACGUGGAAGAAGAUCAGGGCAUCGGGGGGGACGAUGAUGAAGAUGCUGAAGAAGAGGGGGAUGAAGCAGUCACGAGUGACACGUCCGACAGUGACUUUGCUGGUGAAGGAAAUGACCAGACUGUAGAGCACAAAGAGCAUGCCACCAGGAAAAGAAACAAAACGUCUAAGCUUGAAAGUCAGUCAAGCAUAGAGAGCUCAGACAGGAAGGAUGAAAAGUUGAAGAAGAUCGUAAUUAAGCGUGACACUGCCGCGAGUGGGGACAACAAAGAAUGGCGAGUCAUGUACGAGAAGAAGACGGCUGCCUGGGUGGACAGUAUAUCAACUGAUCCGAUCUCGACUGAUUCCAUCUCCGACCCCAUCAUGAUUGACGAUGAGGAAGAAGCUUCCGCUCCUGUGAACAAACCUGAGAAGAAGGAGCCCAUGGAUUUUGAUGAGCUACCUGACCUUGACCUUCCUGUGGAGAAGAAGCCGGUGGUGAAGGAAGUUAUGCCAGAUAAACCUAAACCACGGCUCGCGAGGAAGUCCACGACUACAGCUCACUCAGAGUCCAAACACCCAGAUGUUGAUGAGAAAAAGAUCAUCACAGGUUUGUUGAUCAGCAAUACUAAAGAAGAAAGUGAUUCAGAGACAGAACCUCAGAAGAAUGAGAAACUUCUUGGUCGAGCCAGGAAAAGCACUGGUGGUUCUCGGUUUAAGAACUUGCCGAACCCUCGCGCUCAGAUGGGCCGGAAGGGUGACGACAGUAAGACACGGGAGAGGAGGGAGGGUCAGGAUCAGCGGCCUGGGACACGCUUCUACUUCCGUGACGGUCAGACCUGCUACAUCAUGGAUGCCAAGUCCAUGGGCAAUAUCGGCCGAUACCUAAACCACAGCUGCAGUCCUAACGUGUUCGUACAGAAUGUGUUUGUAGACACACAGGACCUCCGCUUCCCAUGGGUGGCCUUCUUUGCUGGACAGUAUAUCCGUGCGGGGACGGAGCUCACCUGGGACUACAACUAUGAAGUGGGGAGCGUUCCGGACAAGGUCCUGUACUGCUACUGUGGCUCCUCCCAGUGUCGCGGCAGGCUGCUCUAGAAGCAUGGUGUCCUCAAGCAGGCUGCUCUAGAAGCAUGGUGUCCUCAAGCAGGCUGCUCUAGAAGCAUGGUGUCCUCAAGCAGGUUGUUGAAGUGUAGGAAGAGGAUGCACUUUGUAUGUAGCAUCUGGUGAACACAACAUCAUUGUGAACUGUUCAUUGGUCUCAUGAGUGAUUUUGGAAAAAAGACACACUUGGUGUGUCAGCAUCUGGUACAUUGUGAACAGUUCAUUGGUCUCAUGAUGGAUGUUGGGAAAAAAGACACACUUGGUGUGUCAGCAUCUGGUACAUUGUGAACAGUUCAUUGGUCUCAUGAUGGAUGUUGGAAAAAAGACACACUUGGUGUGUCAGCAUCUGGUACAUUGUGAACAGUUCAUUGGUCUCAUGAUGGAUGUUGGAAAAAAGACACACUUGGUGUGUCAGCAUCUGGUACAUUGUGAACAGUUCAUUGGUCUCAUGAUGGAUGUUGGAAAAAAGACACACUUGGUGUGUCAGCAUCUGGUGCAUUGUGAACAGUUCAAUGGUGUCAUGAGUGAUGUAGAGUUACCAACUCAGUUGUUGUGUCAUCACCCAGGUGCAGCUGGUUCCAUCUUGUGCUGUAUCUGGUACACAGUCACAAUAAUUCAUUGUUGUCAUAAGUGCUAUAGAAACAUAAAACUGAAGAAGACACUUCAAGCCUGAACAGAUCCAUCAAACCAUUGUUAUCACGAGUUGCCAUUACGGCAAGGAGUGGAUCGAUUCACAGACUGGGUACACGUCAAAUGGACAACAUGUCUCACCUCCUGAAGCAUUUUGGCAAGGCUUCAUCCAGGACAGUGUGGUGGUUGUUCAGCCUGUAGUAUGUACUCUACAGAGUACAGAGAAUCACACACAGGAGUAUAUGUGGAAGAGGGGUGAGGUGCAUACCUCGUCAUACUUUCAUGUCUUUACAUUGCCAUACAUUUCGAUAUAUCAAAUAAAUCAUGAAGAGUUUAGAAGUAAGAUGUUUGUGACUAUUAAUAUCACAAUGUGCGAUGAUGAGAUGAUGGCUCCUUACAGUGAUUGUAUAGCUUCCUCCAGAGCCAACAGUAACAUGGGAAGAUGCCAAACAAUUUGGUAGAGUUUCCUUGGCUAUUUGUGUAGAGCUUGUGUUUUCCAGCUACCUCAGAUCAUCAGUGAAACAUUUACCCGAAAAAUACUGUAGAACACCUUGAGAUGAAGACUGUGGUUCUAGAUUUGGCAUCAGAAUUCUUUGACAGGCUACCAUCCUCCCAGCAUAUACUUCCAGUGUCUGUCCAUUCUGCCAUUGUACUGUUACUUUGUUCCUUGAAAUAGGAACUCAAAAUACAUUCAAUAUGACUUCAGGGAAGCAAUGUCCAAAAAUAAUACCUUGUUGAAGUGUGUGCCUUUUGCUGUUUAUGGACGUUUACUGCUUUCAUUUUCAUGGAAACAAUUUGAUUCCAAGUCUUCUGAAACAGUUACCCGGUAACAUUUAGUGCUACUCAACUAAGCAUUCACACAUUUUAGUGUCCCUUUUGGUGAUAGGGUUCUUUUAAAACUAUUAUUGUUAUCAUUUCGCUGAUAAACAGACUGAUAGUCUUAUCCUGUUGUAAUAUACAACAACAUUAAGAUCAGAUCUUUUCCUGGUUACCAUACCUCCAAGGUGUAGUAUUGGAGUAAAAGAUCUGAUUUUAAUGUGAUUGGUUCAGGAGCAUGUGUAAAAAAAUGUUAAUUUCCUCGUGAAACUUUUCAAGGAAACAGGGAUGUGCCCUUUUCAGAAGACGAAGUUCUUUAGGUGCAGAUAUUAUCUUUUGAAAGGAGGACACUGUAGGUAAGGCCAAGGAUGUCAGACAAGGUGUAUAAAAUUCAGUUUUCUGGGAGGUAGAGUUCUUAUGUUGAUACCAAGGGCAAGGCGAAUACAUCCUGCAUCAGAAGUUGUCAUUUUCUCAAUCUGCUGAUCGCCUUGCCCACAUGUGUGAUGUGUGUCACAUGUCUAGUGGUUAGCAUGAAGGUAGCUAUGGUCCAUAAGCUUCUACUUGUAGAGGUGCUUGUUGUAGUAACAUCAUUUAAGUUACGAUUCGCUUAAGAAUCGGUCAAACUUUGUGCCAUGAUAUUUGGGGUUGGGGUUGGGUUUGGGGCCAGUUCGGGUGACCAGACUUGCAGACUUGUUUGAUUUGAUACAUGAUAUCAAUCACAGGAUUGUCUGGUCUUGAUUAAAGUAUUUUCAAGCUGACCUCAUGUACAUGAAAUAUUGCUGAUUACGAAGUUAUAAAACAGGAUGUUUAAACUGUAUGGUUGUAUAUAUACACGUCCCCCAAAUGUACCCUCACUGGGGGAGUGUGAUGAGACUACUUUAGAUAUUUGUAUUUAGAUAUACGUGUGUGUAUAUCAGAGGCAACAUUAAAGAGGGCAUUGCUUGAUUUGAAACAGGCAACUGAAUUUAUGGCCAUGUUUUGUGACUUACUCAUGAUCUGUUGUGUAUAAAGCAGCUGUCUUGUAGAUGAACCAACCUCAUGUUACAGUGCUUGUAUAUUGCGGCGGAUCGUUUUAAUGGCAUUCAUCUGGGGCCCCAUUCAUCAUUGUGACGUUAGGUCACAGACUUACAACAAUUGUAGUGCUAAGGACGUUGUAGGACGUCAUUUCAGGAAAGUGUUUUUGAUGAUCAGGACAUCGCAUUGUUUCAAUGAAAGUAAUUGCAGUAGUAAAAUGUCAUGUUUCAAGGCUGUUGAACCGACACUGUCAUGCUUGGAUAAUGUCCCGAGACACGUAUAAACUGUAUUUCCCCUUAUAAAGGCUGGAUAAGAACUAAAGUGUAAGAAGGUGACCAUCGAGCACUUAUUCCAAGCGCUGCUUAUACCACCACGAAGCUUCCAUUAGUGUGCCAUUUGGUGUCCCAUGUCACAACUGGUAGUUAUAACACUGGUGUGUACUGUAAGAGAAUUCAUUGUUACGUAUUUAGUCCCCGUGUUACUUAAGGAUUUCCAGUCUUUGGUUAUCACUCGAUGGAUUCCUUUAAGGAAAUGGAGGCGUUCGGGUAGCCUAGUAGUUAAAGCGUUUGCUUGUCACGCCAAAGACCCAGGUUUGGUUCCUGACAUCUGUACAAUGUGUGAAGUCAAUUUCUGGUGUACCCUGCCGUGAUAUUGCUGAAAUUUUGCUGAAAGCGGCGUAAAACCAUACUCGCUCACUUUGAGGAAAUGGCUUCUGUACACAUCAUACAGUUGUAUGGGAAAGGUCAAGAUGAAUUGUGUGAUAGGCAUUACUUAGAAGUUGACGGAUGACAAAGUAGACACAAUUUAUGGUUAACAUCUUUAAUACUGUAAAGGCAACGAUUCGGUAUAGAUCCUCAUACCGUUGUCAAGCAAGACUGAAUGAAGAACAUUGUACAGAAUAUAGUACGCCACCUACUACUGUAUAUAUAUUCUGUACAAUGUUCCACAUUCAGACUUGCUUGACAACGGUAUAAGGAUCUAUACCGUCGCCUUUACAGUAUUAAAGAAGUUGUGUCUACAAGGUCAAGAUGGUACGGUACUUGAGUGUGAAGAGCAUGAAUCUCCAAAAGAUGUCAGGACUUAAUAAUCGGGUUCAUUUCUCGAACACACUAUUACCAGUUCACCUGGUUAGAACACAUAGGGUUAGUCUGUUAGUCUUUGGUUUGUCUCUGAUUGUGUCUUCGAGCUGGCUAUUGAUGCCAUCACAAAGUUUUGACCAUGAAUAAAACCCACUGUUGACUGUUGUUACUGCGGCUGUUCGGUGUGUAAGAGAGUAUUUUUCUAUGAAUGUGAUCAUUAUCAGACUGUGUGAUCUGUCAUUUUCAUAUUGUCAUCGGUAUCACAAUAAAUGUCAUUGAACAUUU